AGGAGUUGUUGAAUGCUGUCGCCUCCGUCCGUUGGUUGCACCCCCUCGUCGUUCAUAAAGGCGGCAUCUGGCGCAGCAGCGCUUUUCAACUCACUCCGAGAGGCGCGCCGUGCAGGAGAGGACGCGCCAGGAGCUCUGCUGCGUAUCGCCAUAGCCACGAGUAGAAGAUCACUCCUCCCAGCCGUCGCCCAGCCAUGCCGCAGCAAGUCAUCUUGACGGGUCCAGCGCCGUGGGGGUUCCGUCUCGUGGGAGGAAGGGACCUUGACCAGCCUCUCACCAUCAGCCGGGUGACGCCCGGCAGUGUCGCGUCCUCGGCUAACCUGUGUCCCGGCGACGUGAUCCUGGCCAUCGAGGGGGAGAACGCGGAGGAGAUGACCCACGCCGAGGCCCAGGAGCGCAUCAAGGCGUGCAGCACCACCACGCUCACGCUCAAGAUCGACCGGCCUCAAACAACUCUGUGGAGGCCAAAUGUGAUGGAGGAAGGCAAGGUUCACCCCUACAAGGUUAAUUUGGCUUCCGAACCACAGGAUGAAGACUACUUUGAGCACAAAUUCAAUGCCAGGCCGAAGCCCUACGUUCCUCCCAGCAGCGGCAGAACUGUUACCCCUCCGCCCUCCGUAGACAGCGGGCAUGUCACGCCGGUGCCCUCAAGUGAACGUAGCACCCCUUCGCUCCCCCCAGUCGAGUUUAUCCAGCCCUACGUUAGCCACGCCGUGCCCUCCUCGUCCAGUGGUCGCAACACCCCGUCCGUGACCAGCCUGCUUAGCGUGAAUCCUCAAGAUCUGAAGGACAUGGCCAGGGCCGCACCAAACAAACCCAUUGAGGUGGAGGUGCCUGGCAUGAAGGUCUUCCACGCGCAAUUUAACUCGCCCAUGCAGCUUUACUCUCAAGAUAACAUCAUGGACAGUUUGCAGGGUCAGGUCUCUUCGGCCUUGGCGUGCGACGGUCAGCAAAGCGAGCCACACAGCCCAACCCUCAAGGGUGGACUCCUCGCCGACUCGGAGGUGUACAAGCUGAGGCAAGAGAACCAAGAGGGCGGCUACGGGCCGAAACAGUCCGGCUCCUUCCAGAGGCUGCAGGAGAUGCUGGAGGAUGCCCAAGGCUCUGAACGUACUGUGGGCAUACGGAGUGUGAAGGCACCUGUUACGAAAGUGGGAGCAGACGUGGGUGGAGUGCAGAAGCUGCCUAUUUGUUCCAAGUGUGGCAAUGGAAUUGUAGGCCCCGUGGUGAGAGCCCGGGAUAAGCCCCACCACCCCGAGUGCUUCACGUGCGGUGACUGUGGAAUGAACCUCAAGCAGAAGGGCUUCUACUUUGUGGACGGGCAGAUCUACUGCGACGCUCACGCCAAGGUGCGCCUGCAACCGCCCGCUGGCUACGAGCUGAAAGCGGUGUCCCCCAAGUAAGCGGCAAGCUCAGAGGAGGAGAUGUUCUAGAAGUUGCUGCGAUUACACGGGAGAGAGACACCCCAGGUAUAUUUGAUUAGGGAUGUUAUGGUAUGCUCUUGUGGAGUGUCCACACACUUAGUGAGUGACUUUUAAAAAACGAAAAAUGUUUAAUUGAAGCUGAAAAGUGUAUUUUUUUAAAUGAUGGAAUAAAACACGAACACUGUCUUGAAAAUUAUAGCCAUGAACUAAGAGUGGGGCGAUUUUCAUAUUUUAAAAAAAUUGUAUUGUUAAUUCAUCCACUGUUUAUAAGACUUCCAGCUUGAUUCUGUGACUUGGGGGCUCGGAUUAAGUAGCUUAACUCCAAUGCCCGAGUAGAAUGACAGCUGAGCAGAAUGGAAGCUGAGAUUCUUAGACGGCGAUUCUUCUCCUGUCGUCGUCUUACGAGUUUAUUUGUGGACUAGUUGAGACAAUUAAAUAAGAAGCACACGAUACAGUACUUUUGCCCGUGUGAGAAAGGCACAGAAUGCUUAAUUUCAUACAUAUAUCCGUGGAUUUACAAAAAGUUGUGAAAUAAAAUGUUGAAUUUGGUGUUUGACAGUACUUCUCUGUUUUAAAAACGACGUGGUUUGUUUAUUUCUUUUCCCGAUGCAUGUUUAUUGUACAUGUGACAAUGCAAUUUUUUCAUGUCGAGUUACACUCACAAACAACUAUGCAUUGCAAAAUAUUUUAGCGUGCAACUUGUGCCCAAUAACAACAUGUGUACGAAUGUUAUUGCAAAUGUCAGCGGCAUACAUUUAUUUUGCAUACGAAACUCAAUGUUUAACGUUGAUCAACUUUACGUUUGAUCUCGAUGUUUAACUUUCAAUUGCUAAAUUUCGAUUUAAAGCUUUCGUGACUGCAGGGAUUCAUCUUCUUGGUUCUUUCGGUAAAGUCACGUAGAAGGGAAAUAAUAAAAUAAUAAAAAUAAAACAUAAUAAAAUGAUUUUCGAUUUAAAGCUUUCGUGACUGCAGGGAUUCAUCUUCUUGGUUCUUUCGGUAAAGUCACGUAGAAGGGAAGUAAUAAAAUAAUAAUGUUUUAUUAUGUUUUAUUUUUAUUAUUUUAUUACUUCCCUUCUACGUGACUUUACCGAAAGAACCAAGAAGAUUUCAAUUGCUACUUUACACCUUUGAUUUGCUAUAAUACGACAGCACAAUAUUUAUAGUUAAUUCUGUUUUUAAAAUGUAUUUAAAGCAUUAUCUUAUUUUCAGUUAGCAUUUGGAAUGCAUGUAUUUGCCAAAGACACAUUGUCGUAAGCUAAAGCCAUUUAUUUCUCACAACUAUCCAUUUAACUUGCAUCAUUGAAUUUUUGUUUGUAUUCAACUUCAUUAAUUACUUAUUUGACAUCAAGAAUUUGCAUACACGUUACAUAUAGCUUUACAUAUUGUUUUUGGGUAUGUUAUCAAAACACAUGCACAUAACAUAAGUAAAUGAACUACAGUACCAUUUUAAGAACGUUUCAUGUCUUAUGAUUGUAUAUUUAUGCAGGCAAAUUGAGCAAUUAUUAAACAGUGUUUUAUCGAUUUAUAAAUGCAUUGUAAUUACUCACAUUAACAGUCUUUACUACGACUACAAUUAUGGUGCUGCUUCUGGAAACGAUCUGCACACUGGACUUGGAAUGCAGAGGUCGCCCCUUUGAUUAGAUGUCCCGGCACAGCAGUUGAGAUGAUGGUGCAAGUUUCGCAAAAUUCCCCUGCCUCUUACACAGCAGUGUGAAUGGGUACAGAACAGUUGGUUGACCCCAGUAGGUUGCAUGUGGUGGGGUAAAGUGUGGGUACUCUCACCUCUUCCAAGUCGUCUGGCCAACUUGGAAGAGUAGACCAGUUACCCUCUAAGAGGGGCUCUCUAGAGCUGCAAUUAUAAAUUUCCCCCCUCCACAAAUACGAGAAGGCGCAAACAUAACCACUAAAUUUUCUAGUUGUUUCGACUCAAGUUAGAUCAUACUUUCAUUUGACAUUGACAUUACUGGGAUGGUAAUAAUUCGCGGAGAUAUUAGAUGGAUCCACAUUGCAGGGACAGGGGUGAGAAAAAUAGGAAAUAAAAAUCCCCUUGCCCAUCGGAAAGUGAAAAGGAUAGAAUUUGAUGUGCCUUAUGAAGUCCUAUAUUUUUAAUAUCUGAUGGAAGCUAUCAUUUAUUGAUGUUAUGAGUACAAUAAAGUACACUUUAUAAACGUUA